AAUUGCCACUUACAAAUUAGGCAAGAUAACUGCGGUGACGGGUAAAGUAAAGUUGCAGAAGGCAGAUAGGGUUCUUAUGCGAGAAAGAAGAAGCAAUUUUUUUUCAAGUUGGAGAAAUUACAUUGCUUUAUCUGAAGGGGAAAUUGUAACGAUAGUCCCUCAACUUUAACUCAAUUGGAGCAAUGAUCCCUCAACUCAUCAAAAUAUGUAGCUAUGGUCAUUUUCGUUAACACCGUUAAUAGUUCCAUUAAAUUCAAUCACGUGCGUGGCACGUGAGAAUGUUUGUAAGGAUAAAUAAGGAAACAAAUUGUUUCCCAAUGUUUGAAAUCGAUCCCACGCAAAACCCAUUCCCAGUUGAAACUUCCUCCAAGCAGCUCACUUGGCCACCCGAUUACCACCAAUCAAUUUUUAGAAUACUGCCUAAGACAACAGCAUCUCCGUUGCAUGGAAGUCCUUCUCUCGUUUAUUAAUUAGUGACAAAAUGAAAAGUACAAGGCACUUAAUGUGAUGAGGGAAAGAGGUUGUGGAAUGGUUGCAAUUAAGCCCUAAGAACGUAGGACCCUCCCACAAGCCUACUUAAUAGAAACUGGUUCUCAGGAAGCGUAGUCAAUCUCCCAAGCCUCCAAAAGCUCCCUGUCUUUCCAAAGCAGCAAAGCUGCUUUUUCUAGCUUUGUGCUUUCUCCCUUUGUUAAAUUUUAACCAUACCCUGAGAAUCAAGCCUUGGAAGAAGCCAUGGAAGGAGACGCCAAGACCGGGAUUCAUACCCGGGACGCUUCGUUUUCUUCUUACCUCAACAGAGCAGAAGGUAACUUUGUGCUCAAGCUUGCAGGAUCAGUUCAGACUCCGAAUCCCCCUCCUGCCAAGAAGAUUGAGGAGGGUGAAAUCAGUGUCUUUGGCGCGGAGAAAUAUUUCAACAUGAUGCUGGAAGAUGACGGUCCACGAAUUGUGGACUAUGACACAAGCAAACUUGGGCAGAAGAAGGAAGAAAAUAGAGGUGGUCAGAAGCACAAGCAACCAAAGAGCAGGCCAGGCACUCCGAGUACUUGUUCUGAAGCGAGUUGGAACAGCCAAAGCGGCUUGUUACCUUCGCUGAGAACCCCGUCUCAGAGCAAGAAGAAAAAGAGAAAUGGAAAGGUCAAUAUCUUUUCGGGUUUUAGCUGCAAUGGAUCUUGUUCAGAUAAGAAAUCCAUUUAUAUUCAUGAGAUGAAUGCCGGGCAUGGAGGUCGCGGAAAUAAAGAUUUUAGGAAGCAAAAUGUUGGGAAUAUUGAUCACAAUCCCGUUAAGCAGCCGCAGCCAAGAUUUAAGGCGAGGGAUGAGGUUUACUACUCUAGCUUUGAAAGAUCAAACAAGGAAGAGCAUUUUGCAUUCGCAAAUUUGAAUUCCGGUGCAAAGAAAUUGGCUGCUAAAUCACAGUUGGAAGAGAAGAAAAUGAAAGACGAAGAUCCACGAAAAUCACUGGAGGUGUUUGGAUCCCAAAGUAUGAAGGGAGACAAUGUAGCAAUAAAUUUAGAGAGGAGAUUGUCCAUGCUAAAGUGGGAUGCCAUUCCGAAAGCUCCAAUGAUGAAUGAAGAUGCGGAGAGUGAUGCGAGUUCGGAUUUGUUCGAGAUAGAGAGCCUAUCGGGGAAUGGGAUACCUAUGGCAUCCGCCACCAGGGAUGACUCAAGUGAGACCGGAAUGGAGAAAAUGGCUGUAAAAGGUCGAACACCGGCUCCAGCAACGACUGGCAAGGCAGUAGGAGUUGCUCAAAGGUUGGAACCUUCAAUGUAAGUAGGGAAAGUUACCAUCUAAAACUGUUAAAAAUGCAACUUUAAAUUGUUUAAAGUUCGAGAUGAUCACUUUCUGAUUUUAUCUUGUUCAUGUAUUUCAUUUCUAGUAGUUGAUUACAUGAACUCAAUUUAGACCAUAAAAACGAUACGUUC